AUGAAAUAUGACUACAUAACAUUUACUGCUCUGAUAGCAUCGCAAUGUUUAGCAGAAGUCGAAAUAAUAACGAAGCCCCGUCCAGGAGAAGAGUACGUAAGUCUUCAGAGUGCCACAGUAGGAGGAACACCCGUAAGAACACCACAUAACGCGCGGCAAGCGCGUAAACAAGAGGAUUUCGAGACAGCCCAUAAGAUUCCCCAUCACGAAGCAACUGCUCGAGAUGAUGAAGACGAAGACGACGUCAUCGAAGAGAAAAAAGCAGACAAAAUUGGAAAGAAAUUAUAUUCGAAGGCCGAUUCUAAUAACAAGAGCAAGCCACAAAGUUCAGGCCCAGCAUACCUUACGACUACUGCUUCUCCAGUAGGCGACAAUGUCGGAAGUAAAAUAAACUACGGACUCACCGCACUGGUGAAUGAAGAAGCUGAUACAUUUAGUCUCGAGACAUCACCAAGCGAACAGAAACAUCAUUCUCGAAUUCAAAUAAAAAAGGGACCUAACGGUCAAGACUAUGAGUACGAGUACGUUUAUUACUACUACGACGAAGACGACCCGACAAAAACUGACCCUGUAGAUGAUUCGGAUAAGAAGCCUGUAAAUUCUGAAACUGAAAAUAACACCCUGCAGCAAGAAGCUAGUGCCAGCAAAACAAGAAACCGAUAUAGCAGUAUAGAAAGAAAUUCUCCUGCAUCAAAUGUUCAAGAACAUAAUGAAGUCAUACCAGAUGGUCGAUCUGGCGGAAGAUCGAGAAGCAGGCAAUCGGCUGAAGAAGAGAUAAGCGAAGAGCGUCUGCCAGUCAGCACCAGAUUUCCUCCACGGUCUCGACAAGUGACUACAACCACUUCAGCUCCAGCAGAUACUAGUUCUCCUUCAUCCGCAAGCACAGAAGAACGAGGCAGAAGUCCAGUCCGCAGGCCGAGCCUUGAACUUGUUGACAGUGCGAGCUUCAAAACUCAUGCUGGUGAUGCUUCAGUAUCUCAGUACAGAGAUGCUGACAAUCAACAUAGCCGUGAAAAUGCUGGAGUUGAAAAAGAAACUGCAGAAAAUGAUAAAUUAAGUGCUUCUGCAACAUCCGAAACCAACGUCGAUCAAACAACUGAAGGAAUCUUAGAUGGUACAACGGAUCCAUCGUCCAUGGAUAAGGUUGCUCUUGAUUUAUACGCAUAUCUGGCAGGCGAAAACUUGAAUGCUAACAGUGAUUCAACAACUGAAAGUAACGAUUCUACUACUGAAGGUAACGGUUCUGGCACAGAAUACACAACAUCAGACGAAGUCGAAAUUACUACAACAACGACAGAACCAACAACAACCACCACCGAGCCCACGACUACUACCACUGAACCAACAACAACUGCAUUACCAGCAGGCAGAAAUAGGUUCCGUUUGCGUACAGGUGCGCGACCAGGUGGUAAAGUAACAACAACUACUACCACAACAGCAGCACCAGUGGAGGCCCCAAAAACAAAAAGCCGUUUCUCUCCAGUAGGACAACGUCCAGCAUUUGGACGUGGCAGAACAACAGCAAAACCACAUGCAGCAUCCGUCGAUGAGCCACUGGCCACAGCCGAAGAAGCUAAACCAGUCUCACAUUCCAAACCAUCAAUAGAUUUAACUUACGAGGAAGAACAACAGCAGCUCCUAAUGCAGAAAAUGAAUCCGACAAGGAAGCAACUCCCAGUGCUGUUUCAUCUGGGCCUAAACUUACAAGGCCUAGACCAGCAUUUAGCAUUAGAACCAGAGGAAGGCAAACACCAACGAGUACAACAACCGAUGAAGAAACGCAAACAGAUGAAAAGAAAGAAGGAAACCAAGAAGAUGUGCCAGUAACACCAAAAACAGUCAGAUCACGUUUGAAUGGGCGACCUACCCGACCAAAACCACUUAUCGGUGGAAAGAGCCGAUCUACCGCCACUCCUGAUUUGAAUAAAGAAGAAACAAUUGCUGAUAGUGAACAUGCAGCUUCUGAAGGCGAA